AAGCAGUGAAUCGGCACAAUCUAUUGCAGUGCACUGGUGGGGUAGUAAAACUCCACAAACACAGUUCUAGGAGGGGACAAUUUCAUAAUCCUCAAGGACGUUUCGGUACUCGAUUAUCCCGAGGCUCUGUGUGAAAAUGGAGACGUAUUUAAAGAGCUGUCGGGACGUGCUUAAGGGUCACAUGAAGAGCAGCUAUGAGCAGCUUUAUGUUGUGCUGGGGAAUGAGGCAUGUGAUAUUGACUCCAUGGUAUCAGCUCUAACUUUUGCCUAUUUUCUGUCAAAGACCUUCGACUCUAGGAAAGCAGCAGUGCCUGUGCUGAACAUCCCACGAGCAGAAUUUCCCUUGCGCUCUGACAGUACUUUCCUGCUGAGAGAGAGCGGCCUGUCCCAGGACUACCUGCUGUUCAGGGACGAGGUGGAUUUGCACAGUCUGCAAAAUCUGGCCAUCACAUUAGUGGACCACAACGUUCUGCCUGAGGCUGACAGGACACUGGAGAAUGCUGUGGUGGAAGUCAUUGAUCAUCAUCGUUUAGAAAGAACCUCGUCUCCCUUCUGUUCCAUCACCACAGAGACCGUGGGCUCCUGUGCCACCUUGGUUACAGAGCGCAUUGUCCAGAAGGCACCUGAGCUGCUGGACCAACAGGUGGCACAGCUCCUAUAUAGCGCAAUUAUCACUGACUGUGUUAAUAUGGCACCUGAGGCAGGAAAAGUCACACCCAAAGACAGCCAGUAUGCCGUCCUUCUAGAGACCCGCUUUCCUAAACUCCCUCCUCGGAGCAUCCUCUUUCAGUCUCUACAGAACGCCAAGUUUGAUGUGUCAGGCCUUACCACAGAGCAAAUGUUGUUAAAAGACAUGAAGACUGUAUCAGGAGGAGAUCUGAGACUGGCUGUCAGUGUUAUCUACAUGACACUCGAGGAUUUCCUGCAACGAGAGUGCCUACAACAGGAGCUUUGUGAAUUCUGUCAUAAGCAUAACUACAAUCUGGUGGUGGCCAUGACCAUCUCCUUCAUCGACAAUAAGGAGCCUUUCAGGCAGAUUGCUGUUUACAGCUCCAGCACACGCAACAGGGAUGAGGUAAUCAAAGCACUUGAAAAAGCCAGGAACCCCCAUCUGAAUCUCAGUCCCAUGAGCAGUCCUUAUACAGACAUGAAGGCCUACGUUCAGGGCAACGCGCUGGCCUCACGCAAGAAGGUGUUACCCAUCAUUUCAGACUUCCUUAAAGACAGAGAGAGGAAAAUGGAACAACUGGAGGACCUGGAGCUGGAGGAUGAGUGCACACAAGAGCAGGGGGACUCUCAGCAGUGCUGUGAGGACGCUGUGAUGGAAGAGGACUCCGGUGUACCUCCAACACCCAUGAACAGUCUGGUCGAAGGCUGUCCUUUGGACAAUGGUCUUCCCAAAAUUAAUGCAGACGUGCUGGUGGAAAAAGUCAGCAAGAUAGUCAGUGAGGAGGACGAUGAUGGACCAUGAUGGUAUGCUAGUUUUGUUAUUGAACCUCAUAGCCUCUGAAGUCGGAAGUCAGCCGUUGGAGAAAACUGGUUCUUCUCGUUCAAGUAUGCACUGCGUAUACAGUCAGCGCAGGGCAUGAAGCAUGAAACUGCUCUCUUUGCUUCUCUGACUGAGGUUCAUCGGAAAAGCACACGUUCCUGGUGUCUUACACAUGGUACUCUGAAGUUUAAAUGAAGAAUUGACACAUGUUCAACAUUUGGACAUAAUUAUCACAGAUAAUUAUUUGUAUUAUAUUGUUUGUCUAAUAGCAAUUUUAAUUUGUAUUAUUUUAGUCUGUCUGCUCAUGCCAUCAGUUCUUCAGCACGUUAUUCUCGGCAAGCUGAUUAAGAAGCAUUUCCUCAGGACCUCUGUCAUACAAAUCUAAAUCUGACAGGAACAUAAAUGUAGGAAAUAGUAAUCGUAGUAAUAGUUUCAUUGCUACUGAUGGUAUUUCAUCAUGUUAAGUGCAUCUAAUCAUCAAUGUUUUUAUCCGAAGGCUGCCUAGACGCACAUACCUUCAUAUAGAACUUUAUUUUAAUUGACUUGGGCCAUUAUUAAUUCAAUUCUUUAUUUCUUUCUUUUUUUAGUAAUCUUUUCUGACUUAGUAUUAAUAAACAAUCCUAGAGGGAAGCAUUGGGCGCAUUAAAUUACAUUUAGCUUAAAGAACCAUCCUUGAAUACCUUUCACUGUGUUUUUUUUUUUAUAGUUACAAAUUUGGGUUUAUUGUGUGAAUGAUGUGCUUUUUUGUUUUUAAUGAGCUUAAAAUCAGUUUUAGUGAAGACACUUGCACUUACAUUUCAGUGCAUGAAUAAUAUUAAUAUUGCUUACUCAGAUGUGUUGAACUUCAAUACUAGAUGUUCUGCCUCCACAAAAUAUUAUUAGGAAGGCAUUGAAAGCAUUUCUGAUUUAAGCUGUUCUCUGAUUCAGGUAAUUAGGUAUUAGUCAUGUCUGUGAGAGUGCAUCUAUAUUAUUAGCCAUGAAACAUUAUCUAUUUUUAUUUUUGCCUCAGAAGCCAAGUAAUUUGAUGCAACUGAACUGCAGCUCAAACUGCUUGCAUGCAAACAUAAGCUUAUUCCAUGAAAAUCGACUUUUCUGCUAAAGGCCAAAGAGUAUUAAUGCAAGUUUCAGCUUGUUCAGUGUUCAUUUCUACAUAGUUAAUUUGUGCAUAGUUUUAUCAUCUUAAUAAUAGUUUUUAUAGAAUUAAUUUCAGUGUUAAUGCAAAUAGUAGUUAUGCCAUGCAGGGAUGAUUUGUGUGUGUGUGAGAGUUUUGGAGUUUUGUAUUUUCUUUUACUGUUUAGGAGGAAAAAUAUUCAGUGUAUUUUUAUUGUUUAAAUCAACUGACAAUUAUGAACCAGUAUUAUUAGCAUGCCAAGAGAUCUAUUUAUUCUGGUAUAAUUAAACCAAAAUAAAUUUUGCUUUUGAUUGCAUAGAGUAGUUAUGUCUAAGAGAAUCGGGUUUAUGACAUAUCACAGGUAUUGUACUGGCAGCUUUUGGAUAAAAGAUUUAAUUUAACAUUUAAUUUGGAUAUUUCAUUUAAAUGUCGAAGGAUCCAACCUUAAUGGCAACACGUUGACACAGGACAUUGGGGAGAGUUGUGUGUUCGUAGUCGUAAAAGUGCAGCUAUCAACAGGCUAAAUGUAAAUUCAAUCACUGUGAAUAAUUCUUGGCUUUUUUAUAAAGGAUUUAGAUGUUUUGUUCUACAAAUUGCAUAUGUCAUUGGGUUCUGUAUGUACUCUGUGGUCUGUGGGGUUAUUAUUUGACAGGGGAACAGUACACUUUAUUAGGAACACCUGUACACCUGCACAUUCAUUUAGUUCUCUAUUCAGCCAAUCAUGUGGAGGCAACACUGUGCAUAACAUCAUGCAGAUACUGUCCAAGAGCUUCAGUUAAUGUUCACGUCAAACAUCAGAAUGAAGAAAUAGUGUGACCUUUGUGACUUUGAUUAUGGCAUGGUUGUUGGUGCCAGAAGGGCUGGAUUGAGUAUUUCACACACAGCAGUCUCUAGAGAUUACACAGAAUGGUGUGGGGGGGGAAAAAAAAAAAAAAACAUUGACUGAGUGACAGUUCUGUGGGUGGAAAUGCCUUGUUGAUAGGAGAGCUCAGUGGAGAAUGGCCAGAUUGGUUCGAGUUGCCAGGAAGGAUAUAGUAACUCAUAUAAACACUCUUUACAACCGUGGUGAGCAGAAAAGCAUCUCAGCAUGCACAAAACAUUGAACUUUGAGGUGGAUGGACUACUACAGUAGAAGACCACAUGGAGUUCCACUCCUGUCAGCCAAGAAUAGGAAUCUGAGGUUAUCAUGGGCACAGACUCACCCCAACUUGACAGUUGAAGACUGGAAAAAGACCAGGUGAUUUUUUUUUCUAAUCUUCAACUGUCCAGUUUGAGUGAGUCGGUGCCCAUGAUAACCUCAGAUUCCUGUUCUUGGCUGACAGGAGUGGAACUCAAUGUGCUCUUCUGCUGUUGUAGCCCAUCCACCUCAAGGAUUGAUGUGUUGUGCAUUCUGAGAUGCUUUUCUGCUCACCACGGUUGUAAAGAGUGCUUAUUUGAGUUACUAUAGAUUUCCUGUCAGCUCAGACCAGUCUGGCUAUUUUCCUCUGAUCCCUCUCAUCAACAAGGCAUUUCUGCCCACAGAACUAUUGCUCACUCAGUGUUUUUUGUUUUUUGCACCAUUCUGUGUAAACUCUAGAGACUGUUGUGUGUGUGAAAUUCCCAGGAGAUUUUUUUUGUUACCAACAUCCAUGCCAUGGUUAAAGUCAUAAAGUUUUGCAUUGCACUGCUGCCACGUGAUUGGCUGAUUAGAUAGCUGCAUGAAUGUGCAGGUUUACAGGUGUUCCUAAUGAAGUGGAUGGUGAGUGUGUUAUUGUCCUAAGAAUAUCGUUAGCUAGCUGUCAGUCUAAUGUAUCAAAAGAGAUCUGACAAUUUAUGAGCAGAAUUACACAAGCUGUUUGGUUCACACAAAGUGUAUAUGUGAUUUAAAUGCAGGUGGACAAUCAUACACCAAUCUGUUAAUCUUUCUUCUGCCUGUUAAUUUUAAGGCCUUACUUAAUUCAAGGUUCUGCUGAAACUUCAAAGUUGUGGUUUUAGUGUAUGAAUAAAAUAAUUGUUUUGUGUUUGCAAA